AUGACCACAGCAGGAAACCGCUGGGGCUGGUUCCUGGGGUACCUCAUCCUUGGUGCCACAGGAUCGCUCGUCUCUGGUAGCAGCAGUCGAAUCAUAAACGGCGAGGACUGCAUCCCGCACUCGCAGCCCUGGCAGGCGGCACUGAUCAUGGAAAACGAAUUGUUCUGCUCGGGCGUCCUGGUGCAUCCGCAGUGGGUGCUGUCAGCCGCACACUGUUUCCAGAAGUCCUACACCAUCGGGCUGGGCCUGCACAGUCUUGAGGCCGACCAAGAGCCAGGCAGCCGGAUGGUGGAGGCCAGCUACUCGGUGCAGCACCCAGAGUACAACAGACCCUUGCUCGCCAACGACCUCAUGCUCAUCAAGUUGGACGAACCUGUGUCCGAGUCUGCCACCAUCCGGAACAUCAGCCUUGCUUCGCGGUGCCCUACCGCGGGGGACUCUUGCCUCGUUUCUGGCUGGGGUCUGCUGGCGAACGGGAGAAUGCCCACCGUGCUGCAGUGCGUGAACUUGUCGGUGGUGUCUGAGGAGGUCUGCGGUGAGCUCUAUGACCCGCUGUACCACCCCAGCAUGUUCUGCGCCGGUGGAGGGCAAGACCGGAAGGACUCCUGCUACGGUGACUCUGGGGGGCCCCUGAUCUGCAACGGGUACUUGCAGGGCCUUGUGUCUUUCGGACAAGGCCAGUGUGGCCAAGUUGGCGUGCCAAGCGUCUACACCAACCUCUGCAAAUUCACUGAGUGGAUAGAGAAAACCGUCCAGGCCAGUUAACUGUGGGUAAUGGGAACCCAUGAAAUUGACCCCCAAAUACAUCCUGCGGAAGAAAUUCAGGAAUCUCUGUUCCCAGCCCCUCCUC